GGCUAUUUUGCAUGGAUCAUUUAUGGUGGAGGCGGAGGGGUAGUUUGCGUGCCUAGUAGUGGCAAUGACUGGGAAACUCAAGUCCUCUCGUGCAGUAUGCACUCGGGCAUGACUGCGCCAGUUUUGUGGUUCAGCACGAGAGUCGCGCGACGAAAGGCAGCCAUGGGGAACGGCAUUGCGGAUUACGUGCUGAUCUAUCCGAAGAAACACGAGCUCAGUUAUCAAGUGCAGGAAUAUAUCCGUAAAGUUCAAGAGGAUGGGUGUCUUACGGUGGAAGAAGAAGAGCUAACGGGUGGCGACGAGAUACUAGUGAAGAUUCUCGCGCCCUUCACCGAGCUCAGUAAGGCUGCCGAGUCGCUGCGGUUGUGCAUGCCGCUGCUUAGUGAUGCGAUGUCGAGAUCCGAGACGGCGGUGCUACAAACAAAAGAAUUCAAUGGAUGCUAUACAGUCAAUAAGGAUCAUUGGAAAACAAUUAAAAAUCUGUGGAGUUGUUUUAUGCAGAGAUUUGAAACUGAACCUGAUGAUGAAUUAGUAAGUGCUGUAUACACAGACAAUGAAGGCCUUUUUGAAGUAAUUGAUGAUAAGGAUUCCUUCUUCCGCCCUUCUCUGAGAUAUCUGCUUACCCACCAUAUACUAACAAAUAUUGAUGCAAGUGAUGGAAAAAAUUCAAAAGUCAAAAUGGGUCUUUUGUAUCUACAGAUGAAAGGAGCUAUCAGAACAUCCUUUAUACUACAUGAUCCCAGGCCAUAUUUACAAGCACAGACUCAAACAGAUGGAUACAAAUACCAGCUGCAAAAUGUGAAAUGUGCUUUAAUGCCAUCUGAAGAUAGCAGAGAAGAGCUUGACAAAAAAUGGGCUAAAGCCUCUUUUAAAUUUAGCCCACUCACAAAAAUUAGGAAUUAUUUUGGAGAAAAAAUAGCAUUAUAUUUUGCAUUUGUUCAGACUUUGCAUCUGACUUUAAUUUUUCCAGCAUUUCUGGGGUUUUGUAUUUUUGUUUAUGGUCUUCAUUUAAGCAUAACCUGCCACCAUUCAGUCAAAUAUAGUACUGAAAAUUUAAUCAGGCAAGACCUUAAAGCACUGUGUUUGUCACCAGUAACCCUCAGCAUUGGGGUGAACAGAACAUUGGAAAUUAUCAGGAAAAAAUGCUAUGAUGUGGAAUGGAGGAGAAGACUCAUAGAGCAGACCCUUAAUCAAACAUGCACAACAAAGGGCAGCUAUAAUACAGUGCAGGAAACCUUAAGUGAUGCGUCCAGCAUAAUAAAAUACUCACUGGAUAACAAUGCUACUCCAAUUUUUGCAUUGAUUUUAUGUCUUUGGGGGACAGUGUUUCUUGAAAUAUGGAAGAGGAAAAACGCAAGUCUGUCUCACAAGUGGAAAGUGAAAGAUUAUGAAAGAAAUGAGCCAGAUCGACCUGAAUUUAAAGGAAUUCUCACAAAAAAGGAUCUGGUCACUGGAGAUGAAGUUCCAUAUUAUCCAACUAGUUAUCGAUACACAAAAAUAUUUGCUUCCUUUUCUGUUCUACUGGUCUUGGUUGGAUUUGUUUGCAUCAGUGUCUUAGGAGUAGUUGUUUACAAAACUUGGGCGAGAAUUAAAGUGAAGACUGAAAAUUCUUUCCAAACUUUCCUGCUUUCUACAGUUCUUAGUUCAUUGAUGAAUGCUAUAUCAAUGACAGUCCUGGGUCAGGUCUAUGAAAAAAUUGCCAUAAAAAUGACUGACUGGGAAAACUAUAGGACCCAGACAGCCUAUAAUGAUGCACUAAUCAAAAAACUGUUUGCUUUUCAAUUUGCAAACAGCUAUGCCUCUCUGUUUUACAUUGCCUUUCUUCGUAGAAAUAAUCGGGAUGUUUUCAACUCACUUGGAUUUGAGGGCUUGGAGGACGACUGUGGGAUGCUAAAUAACUGCAUAUCAGACCUAAGUGUUCAGCUACUUGUUGUAAUGAUAGUAAAAACUCUACCAAAGUUUUGCAACGAUUUGAUAUAUCCAUGGCUGAAAAAAAUCAUAUGUAAAACAUGUAACAAGGAAGACCUGGAAGAUCCUGAAACUACGUCUUUGACGACUAGAUUCAUUUUAGAUGAGGAACGAAAACCUGAUCUUGGUAACUUUACGCUGGGAGAAUAUAAUGAGAAAGUCAUUCAAUACGGAUACCAAAUGAUUUUUGCUGCCUGUUUUCCCCUGGGCCCCUUGCUUUUUUUCUUCACACUACUAGUGGAUAAAAAGGUGGAUUCCAAACGUUUGCUUUGGAUAUUCAGACGCCCUCUCCCUUGGAUUGCCCAAGACAUUGGUCCUUGGUUUUCAAUACUGGAGAUCAUAAAUGCUGUUGCAGUUGUGACAAAUGCUUGUCUCAUUGCUUUCAGUUCUCAGUUUGGCAUAGAAAGACCUUUGGUUGAACAAUUAAUGAUCUUCAUCAUAUUUGAGCAUAUCGUUUUUAUAGUGAAGUUCAUUGUGGCAAAUGCCAUUCCAGACCUUCCUCAGAAGAUAAAACUGGCCAUCAGACAGGAAAACUAUAGAGUUCAGAAAGAAAAAGCAAGGAAGAAAAUGAAAUGAUAUUUCAUUUUUUAAGUUGGAAACAAAGAAGCCAUAACAAGAUGAAAAAGGAAUUCAACCACUCACUGAAUUUUUAUAUAGUUUUUAAAAAUGUAUAAUGUGAAAAUGAAGUGCACAUACUUAUCAAAAAGAUUUGUAUUUUAAUAGUGUUUUAAUUGUAAUUAACUCAUUUUAUACAAAAAAAGAACUUUUAAUCCAGAUGUAACAUGAAUCAAUUAGUUUAACUGUUAUACAUUAAUAUGUGUCAAUAAAAAAAUUAUAUAUUUAUAUUAACAUUA